GAAAAUUGCUUCAAUUCUCAGGCGUAAUCGACAAACGCAGGAUGAUGAAGCUAUUAGCGCUAUUAGCUCUUGCCAUGGCAGUCGCUGCAGGACCUGGAAUGAUGGAAGAUAUACCUGGAGUAAGUCAGGCCAACAUGGAAAGACUACGUCAAAGCUUAAAUCCUCGUCCGAAUGGUCCUGAAGAAUUUAGACGAAAGAUGCAAGAAUGGGAAAACAGUCUACCUACAGCAGAAAGGGCUGCAGCUCAAGCUCACAGAGAGCAGAUGCAGGAAAGGCAUCAUGCUGAAUUCCUCCAAAGAGGCAUCCCCGGUGUGAGCGCCGCCAGCAUGGAUAGGCUGCGUCAGAUAAUGACUCCUAGACCAAAUGGGCCAGAAGAAUUCAGACAAAAGAUGAACGAAUGGAUCAACAGCUUGCCGCCAGAGGACAAGGCAGCGGCAGAAGCGCAUGAACAACAAAUGCGUCAACGUGGUCCUCCUCCUCCUCCAGGCAAUCACUGAAGACCUUUUUCGAAACAAUGGAUUAGAUAACUGUAAUAAAGCAUUUC